GUAACAAAAUAUUACAAUCAAAUAGGCUGUUAUAACCUAGUAGGCUACUAUGCUAAAGCCUGAUGCGACUGAAAUGAAAGUAUUGUGUCAAUAACAGACACUAGCCUAUUUAUGAAUGAGAAGAUUAUUAGACCAACAGCUAAAGAUUAUUACACCAACAGGCUUUUUAUUUUUUGUGUUUUGAAGUUGUAUCUUAAUACUAUUGUCGGAAAUAAGCGAUUAAGCAUUUCAUUGUAGCCUACUGUGUAGCUUACCAUGUGAAUCCUGUGCAUAUGACAAAUAGACUUGACUUGAACACGGUAAUGGAAUAAUGUAGAGGGCCUCUAUUUGGGAAAUGAUUCGCACCUGAGUCACGGGUCAGCUGGGAGAGUCUGCUGGACAGGGUGUGUUAUUCUGUUCGCACGGAGUGCUCGCGCUUCUUUGCCUGUUGCACAGGUAGAGCGGGUAUAGUUGCCAGGGUUGGAAACAUUUGACGGUGACAAAAUAGAUUUGAUUUAAUCACAAUAUACGUUUGACAGAAAUGCAUAAUAAGAAUGUUGCAGUUGACCUGUAAUCGGCUAUGAUAAUAAUAUGCCUAUUAUAAUAAGCUAGGCCAGGCAACAUAUAAUAUUAUAGUGCCAUAUUCUGGUCAUGUUUAAAUAUAUAUUUUUUGUCUUUCAUACCUUGAUUUUUCUUUGCUUUGCCCAAUAUCUUUUGUCACUUUAUAAACAAAUCACAAUAUUGUAGGCCUAAUUGCAAUAUGUGCUCUAUAAAAAGAGAAAAUAGUAGGACUAGUCUGAUCAAAUUGAGAUAGGUGGUGUUAUUUGUAUUCAAGCCUAAAACUAAGGACUAUCAGAAGUGAGUUACUCCAUCUUAAAAUAUAGUUUAUAUUGGUGUAAUAUUGCAGAAGUUACCACCGUUCUUCACUUUUCUCUUUGCUGCCACCCUUAAUUUGGGCAAUAGUCCACAAAUGGCUGAACACCAGAUAAGUGUGAUAUGUGAUGGAUAGCAUCUUUUACACCUGUUUCAAGGGGUAAGAGUGAAAGGCCUGUCAAUGGUGUAAUGUCUACAACCCCAAUGCACCCCCUUACGCUACAGCCCCUGAUAAACGAUAAACACAUAUCUCUUCUAACUGGGAUUAGUGCUAACCGUGAUUUAGGCUAGUUUCCCCUUCCUCAAAGGGAUCUCUAGAUGCCAAUGGCGGGUCAUAAUCUCACCAGGAGCAGGAAUAUCUCUCUCACACACCUCAGCCAUCCCUGGAUGUCUCCAUGGCAUGUCUCUGGCCUGACCUCAUGGGAGAGUUCACUGGGAUUCGCAGGCCUCUCUCCGCACAGCCAAAACACAAAGGGCCAUUCAUGGUCCAGAGUGGCCCCAUUCAUGACCACUGAGUUAUUUGCUGGUAGAAUUCCUUAUUGUUUGGUUUCUUGCAUCUCUGAGCUCUCUCUUGACGUAAAUUAUGCAGAAGGUUGUUUCUUGUACUUGUAGAAGGUACAUAAAUAUGAUGUCUUGUCUAGAAAGCGUUCCAUGGAUGGUAUAUACAUACGCUUCCCACACCACGCGUUAACCAAUGGAGGCGGAAUGUGAAAUGGAGCAAAGAGAUUCUGUUCAAUGCUUGUUUUUCUUUUAUGAAUGAUACCUUGGUAUUAUCGCAUUCUUAUCAAGGCCUUGUUGUGGACUUGUCUUUUUUAAGUCAGGAAUGGUAUUAGAACUAACCAGACUUAAAAAUUACAGACAAAUUACAAAGAGGACAAUAGGACAUGAUUAGCACACAGGACACUAUAACAAAUCCGGAACAUGAUAACCAAAAAGCACAGUGGACAAUGUACAGAGCAUGACAAUAACUCAAACAUUACAAACAAAUAGACAAAUACAAUUUCAACAAGACAAACUAACGAGGCAUUAAACAGUCUAUUGUUUCUAACAGUUUUAAAACAAAAUAUUUUGUUUAAAAUGUCUGUUUUUGUGAUCGAUAUAUCGUAGCAAUGUGAAACUUUUCACCAUUACAAUUAUAGUUCAAAUCCCCUUUUGUCACCCUGAUACUUGUUUACAUAAAGAGCAGCUUUUCGCAAGACCAUGACCUGUUGGUGGCGCCAGGAAAGGGCCCAGGUUGUUGUGUAGCUUGUGGGGACACUUUGUCCUGUCUUCAUCCCCAGUGGACUUGUCAUUAUCGAUACUGUUGUUGUCAGUUGUCAGUGUGGAGUCCUUUGAAACUUGGAAUUGAGCCUUUUUUCCUGGGUACUAUGAGUGUAGGUGCGUGUGUACGCAUGUAUGUAAAUGUGUGUGUAACUUUGCGCACAUUCAGCUGCACACAUACACGCGCACACACACACACACACACACACACACACACACACACACACACACACACACACACACACACACAGUAAAGCGUGUGUGUGAGUGUUGGCGCACUGUCACACUGGGAGUGUUUGUCAUUCCAGCGUCACAGGAGCUUGUUCCACAAUGGCCUCUGUUGAAAGGGCUCUGUUGAGGCCCCUUGGUGUGGGCCUACGCUGCAGCACUGCAAGAAGAAUUAGUACAGAGAGCAGAGCACAGCCUCACAGGCCUGGGAGGGGAAGAGGGAGUGGAGAGAGUGCUUAGGCCUGCCCACUGUUGACCCAGAGGUUGUGCAAUGCAACCCCAUGCCUCAGUCAAACUCAGUCAUACUCUUUGAGCUGGAUCUACAAAGGGGAGACACACAUGACAGGCUUAGCUCAGUAAAGCAAAGCAAGCAAGGCAAAGCAACCGCUGGUACAAGGAGUGGAGUGGUCAGGUUAUGGUUAAAGGGCACCUAACAAUGAGACAGGAUGACUACUACUGGUUGGCUGGACUGCAGUAAGCAGAUGGACAGUGUCUCUGUGAGGACUGGGUGCUCUAUGGAUCUACAUAUACAUGUCCAUUAGGAGCAGCCUGCCUUCCCCCAGUCUCUGUCACAGCAUGGCCCGAAACAAGGCUUACUGGGGACAGCCACAUGGCACGAACAGCCUGUGCUUUAGCCUGGAUGCUGACGACACGAUGGAACACAACUUGAGAGAGCAGCACCAACACCAUUCAGUGUCCCAGUGCUUUGACAACAAGAUGCCCCUGACCCACCAUCCACUGUGCUCUAGCAGCCAACCCUUGACCUCUCACUGCACCAUGCCCCGCCCUCCUGAGGGGGACCAGGUGGUCCCCUCCUUCCAGAGACUAUCAGUUUACGAGCAGGGUCCGUCCUGCGGCCCCAAGCCCCUGCCCCCUCUCCCUGACCCGGAGGAUAACUCCUCGGACGAGGUGGUAGACAGCGAGGUGGAAUUCUUCAUCGACGAGAGGAGGCGCCUACUCCCCCAGCGCUGCUCCACCAAGGCCCUGGCCCUCCACUAUGGAGCCACCGGACGACGCAGCUUCAGGGGCUGUGGCCAGGUCAACUAUGCCUACCUUGAGGGGCCCCCCGGGGCUAGCGGCUCGGCUAACGGUGGAGCCCACAGUGGAACCCAGGUGCAGCAGGCCCAGUUUGGGGGACAGAGAGGGCCAGGGUCCGUGGUGGUAGUGGCGAGGGACAUCUCUAGCAAGCAACCCGAUCGGCCCCAACGGUCCAAGCUGCGGCGCUCCCACUCGGGCCCCGCAAGCUCCUUCAAGCCCUCCGGCCUGCGCCAGUCGUGCCACCUUCACCACCACCACGGCACCAGGGGCCACCCCCAGCUGGACAAGCCUGAAGUUCCUCCCCGCAUCCCCAUCCCCCCGCGCCCCUCCAAGACUGCCGACUGCCACCGUUGGUCCAUCGCCGAGGACCAAGACAAGGAAAAGCCUCCCAAAGUCCCUCCCAGGGAACCGAUAGCACCCCCUUGUGGCUCCUGUUGCACCUCUAGUCCCAAGAGCCUCCCUAUAUAUGUGAACGGGGUCAUGCCCCCUACGCAGAGUUUCGCCCCCAACCCCAAAUAUGUCAGCAAGGGCCCCCAGAGGCCACAACAGCAGCCUAGGGAGGGCGCCACUGGGCCCUUGGUGGGCCCACGCUCCCCCUGUAUCGUGCCCAUCAUGGAGGAUGGGAGGAAAGCCAGUGCCACGCACUAUUUCCUCCUACCCCGGCGGCCAUCCUACAUGGACAGGUUAGAAAGGUUCUUGAGGGAGGAGGAGGCAGACUGUGAGGUGUCCAGCAACGCUCCCAACUCAGAGUGGGGUUGCCAGAACAGGCAGAAAGCCCCUCUCAAGUUGUUAUAGAGCUUCAGCAUUGCGGGAAGCUUGAAGACUGACCCCCCACACACUAAUGUGCAUCUGUAAUGGCACUCUAUUCCCUAUAUAGUGGGAAUAGGGUGCCAUUUCGGACUAACCCUUAGUCAUUACGUCUAGGGUCCUACCACUAAAACCUUUGCCAUCUCACUUGAUGCAACAAACAGCCUUUUCACAAAGAUAAAUCAUAGCUGCCUGGAGGCUUCAAGUGUCAGAUCUGUCACUGCAUUCAAACAGAAAACAGUGUAAUGGAUUGGUAUAAGGUGGUCUUGUUGUGCUCUGUGAGUAGUGUUUUGUUAAAUGGUAUGCGUUGACUGAAGACAUGCAAGUGAAACAUUUGUUGUUCAUUAUUUUGCUGUUGAAAGACCAAUCUGUUGAGGGAUUCAUUUGAAGGUAUCAGUUUACUAGACAUGUUUAGUGUUAAA